AUGGACUCGGCUACGGACCAGACGAUCCUCCGUCAUGAGGUGGCCGAGGUGGCCUUUGGCUUCUACAGCGACGCCGAGAUCCGGAACCUCAGCGUGAAGCAGCUCACGAGUCACCUGAGCUUCGACGCGCUCAACAACCCCGUCAUCGGGGGUCUGUAUGACCCGGCACUGGGGCCUGUGGACUUCAACAUGAUCUGUCCCACGUGCCACCAGACGCAGAAGGAGUGCCCAGGCCAUCUCGGCCACCUUGAGCUGCCAGUGCCCGUGUACAACCCCGUUCUCUUUACGCAAAUGCUGAACCUGCUCAAGCGCAAGUGCUUCGCGUGCCACAAGUUCCGUGUCGCCAGCUCGCGCUCUCGCGAAGUGCGUGUCAAGAUCCUCUUACUGGACAACGGCUUUGAGAACGAGGCGAUUCAGCUGGGCGAACUGCUGGAGCAGCGCAAUGGCGUGGAAGACGAGCCGCCGCAACGCACGAUCCAGCGUCAACAGGCGAUUCUGGACGAGUACGAACGUCUCGCGUUAUCCAAGAGCAGCAACAGGAACAAAGGCGCGCCGGAGUUGCUGCGUCCGCUGCCUCGUCUCGCGGAAGUAGCGCGUGAGAAACUUGCGACCGAGUUCUUGAAAGGAAUGAAGAACAAGUGCGAAAACUGUGGCGCUAUUUCGUCAGCUGUUCGACAGGAUGCCAACGCUAAAAUCUUUCUCAAGGGACUCAGUGCACGGUCACGCAAGCUAAACCAAUCGAAGAACUUGACAGUGACAUCAGCUCUGGACACGAUUCGUGGCAAUGUGUCCGACAAGGACGACGAAGUAAUGCAUGGCGACGAUUCCGAGUCGGAAAUGGACGAAGAUGGAAACGCGUACGCUACGAUGGAAGAGUCUUCGAUGCGCAGCAAGUACCUUCCGCCUCUGGAGGUGCAGUCACAAUUGCAGUUGAUGUGGCAGAACGAAGAUGGUCUGAUGGAGCUGCUCUAUGGCGAUCGCAACAUUGCCAGUGGCCGAACGCCUGCACGUAAGCCUUGUGGCUGGCGCAAGUUUUUUUUGAACGUGAUUCCGGUUGCACCUUCGCGCUUCCGUCCGCCCGUGUUUAUGGGUGACAAGCAGUUCGAACACUCUCAGAAUACUCAUUUGUCGAAGAUUAUGACCCUCAGCGACAGCAUUGUUCAAAGUGAUAGCUACAAGCGUCAGGGUGCUACUACUUCAGACGAAGAUGAUGCCGAAAAGGAGGAGCAGGUGAAUCUAUCGCGUAAGCUUGCUCUGUGGACAGAGCUUCAAACUGCCGUGAACCUCCUCGUGGACAGCAGCAAAGCCAAGCCGGGAGCUGAUGUUGCUCAGGGUAUCAAACAGGUCAUUGAGAAGAAAGAAGGCCUGUUUCGCAAACACAUGAUGGGUAAGCGUGUCAACUAUGCCGCUCGGUCGGUGAUUUCUCCAGACCCGUACAUCAGUACUAGUCAGAUUGGUGUACCGCUUCGUUUUGCCAGAACGCUCACAUACCCUCAGCCAGUGACGCCAUGGAAUGCGGAAGAAAUGCGCCGGCUCGUUAUCAACGGACCGGAUGUGCAUCCCGGUGCGAACUUUGUCGAGAGCGAGAGCGGCCGUCUGAUCGAUCUGAGCAAGCGAUCUCCGCACCAGCGUGAAGCCAUCAGUAAGACACUGCUUACACGCUCGGCUAGUGCUCGAGGUACAAGCAAGAACCGUGUGAAGCGCGUUUGGCGUCACAUGAAGACCGGUGACGUUGUGUUGAUGAACCGCCAGCCGACCCUACACAAGCCGAGUAUAAUGGCCCACACCACGCGUGUCCUUACGAACCCUAAGAUGCAGACGAUUCGUAUGCACUACGCAAAUUGUAACACGUUCAACGCCGAUUUCGAUGGUGAUGAGAUGAACAUGCACUUUCCCCAAAAUGAGCUGGCGCGGUCAGAGGCAUAUAAUAUUGCGUGUAACGACAACCAGUACAUAGUGCCAACGGACGGGUCGCCGCUGCGUGGCCUGAUCCAGGAUCAUGUUGACUCUGGUGUAAAGCUCACUCAACGUGAUACGUUCCUGACAAAGGAGAUGUAUAUGCAGCUUCUGUACAACGCUUGGGCUAGCCUGGAAGAUGCUGGAGUGGAGAAGGCGCACAUAGAGAUCGUACCGCCUGCUAUUCUAAAGCCGGAGGUGCUCUGGACGGGUAAGCAGCUGGUCACUUCAGUUCUCAAGCUGCUGACGAAAGGCCUGCCGCCUUUGAACAUGAACAGCAAAGCUAAGAUCAAAGGUGAUUUGUACGGCACGACGAACAACGAGCACAUUGUGAUCUUUCGCGACGGAGAGCUGCUUCAGGGUAUUCUCGACAAGAGCCAGUUCGGUGCAAGCAUGUACGGUAUGGUCCACGCUUGCUACGAAGUGUACGGCGCACGCAUCGCAGCCGAUCUCUUGUCUGCUCUUGGUCGCCUGUUUACGUGCUAUCUACAGUUUGCCGGUCACACUUGUGCAUUGGAGGAUUUGACGCUGAACCAUGCGGCCGAGAAGCGUCGCAACAAACUAGUUAGAGAGUCUGAAGUCAUGGGCGAAGAGGCAUACGCCGAAUUUGCUGGUCUCACGGACAUGCUCGAGAACAAGCGUGCGUCUGAGAAGGAUGGUAAGAAGCGUCGCAUGAACGACGAGGAGCGUGUGCAGAUACGCGACCGUAUGCGUACUUUGCUCUCUGGACCUGACGCUAGCAAUAACGCGGAGGCUCUGGACGCUCACAUGAUGGGAUGCGUGCACGGAUCGAAUAGUGACAUCAUCAAGACGUGCCUACCGUCGGGUCAGUCGAAGGCAUUUCCGAAGAACAACUUCUCGCUUAUGGUGCUGACUGGUGCUAAGGGCUCUAUGGUAAACCAUUCGCAGAUCUCGUGUGGUCUCGGCCAACAGGCCCUUGAGGGCCGUCGUGUCCCUAUCCUUUGUAGUGGCCGGUCACUGCCUUCGUUUGAGCCAUUUGACCCUGCCCCACGUGCCGGAGGUUAUGUGACGGACCGUUUUCUCACUGGCCUACGUCCUCAAGAGUACUAUCACCAUUGUAUGGCUGGCCGUGAAGGUCUUGUUGAUACGGCAGUGAAGACUAGUCGAAGUGGUUAUCUUCAACGUUGUCUGAUCAAGCACCUUGAAGACCUGCAGGUCGGCUACGACCAUACUGUGCGUAAUAGUGACGGCAAUGUGGUUCAGUUCCUGUAUGGCGAAGAUGGCAUUGAUCCGGUGCAAAGUGCCAUGCUGUCUGGUAAGGAUGCGCAGUUUGAUUUCCAAGCGAUGAACCAUCGCAGUAUUUCUCACAAGCAUGGCAUCGAUGCCAAGUUCUUCGAGAGAACAAAGCUAGACAUCAUGAAGCCAAUCAAGCUCCAUAAAGAGGUUCGUGAAGCCAACGAAAAUGACUACACUAGCACGUCGUCUAUUCUGAAACCUGGCGUGAAGGUCAUGGCCCGUCGAUUGCGGCAAGGAGAGACGAAGUGGAAACGCGGUCACAUUGAGAUCGGUUUCUAUGCUGCUGAAAUUGUGGCGGUGAAUCGUGAUGCCAUAGACGAUCCCCGGCAGUGCAAGUAUGACAUCAGGUACCUGGAUACGGGUCUGAAGGCGUUUGACGUACCUCGUACUACCACGUUCAAGACGAGCAAGUCAACGAGCACAACUCGUGCCAUGUCUGGUCGCGUCGAUAUUAUCAAGAUGUCGUCCGAGGACCCAGUGUUGCAGAGUCUGCCGUUGAGCAAGCACGUCGGUUUGAUUUCGGAGCGCAUUCAGGACAAGCUGCGUCAGUACAAUAAGCGCAAUCCUUCUAAUUGUUUGGAGGUGGCGAAGAAGAAAGAAAAGAAGUCGAAGAAGAGUGAGCGUGUCACAGAGUGCGAGAUUGACCGUGAUGUGAUGAAGACGAAGCAUGCCGUGAGUCCCGACGCUUUCCAGUUUCUUGUGUGGGUAAACUACCUGCGUAGCAUGUGCGCUCCUGGUGAGAAUGUCGGUAUCUUGGCUGCCCAGGGCAUCGGUGAGCCGUCUACGCAGAUGACACUGAACACCUUCCAUCUUGCUGGGCAUGGUGCCGCUAAUGUGACGCUGGGUAUUCCGCGUUUGCGUGAAAUCAUCAUGACGGCUAGUCAGCAGAUGUCGACGCCUAUGAUGACUAUCCCGCUUCGUGACGACGUGGAGUCCUCACGUGCUCAGGAAGUCGAGCAGCGACUGAACCAGGUCGCUCUUUCGGAGCUGAUCAACAGUACGAAUGGUGUUCGUGUUGAGGAUCGGUUUCACAAGAGCGAGAACGGUAUACUGUGGGUUCGCGAUUACCACAUUCGUUUGACUUUUUUCAAGCUCAAGGAGAUCGAACGCGUGUUCGGAUUGAGCGGCGACCAGAUAUUUAACUCGGUCGGACGAGGCUUUGUGGGCAAGCUGCUCACGCUUAUUUGCCGUGAGAUGAAGAAGAGCGGUGUGACCGUAUCUGCAGCAGCGGAAAAGAACAACUUUAGCGCGCCGUCGGGAUCUGGAGCGAACAGAAAAAAGAAGAACGUCGAUGAUGAUGACGAUGACGAUGAGCAGGGCACCCUCCGGUUUGGUAGCCGUGGCGAAGUUCAGGGCUAUGGCGAGAUGGACGAGGAGGACGAGAGAAUCCGAAAGUCGCAAAUGACCAACGACGACUCGGAUAUCGACGAUGACACGAUGGACAACAAGAAGAGUAACGACUCGGGUGCUUCGGAUGACGAGCUCACGGAGGACGGCUUCGCAAACCAGAAGGCAAAGACCUUUACUGCUGGCGGUAUGGAUGCGCUCGACGUACCUACCAGUGUGCGCAAGAACCCCUACUUUGUAUUCUGUGGACGGAACGAGAAGCAGAAUUUUGUGGAGCUACAUUUGCGUUUCCCGACGCACUCGAAGACACUGCUAAUGGUACCGCUUGUCGAGAGGGUGGCCAAGCAAGUGCUGGUGCAGUGCUGUCCAGGUAUUUCACGAUGCUACUUGAUCAACCAGCGUAUUGGCGAGUCGCAAACGGAGAAACCGUGCGUGCAGACGGAAGGUCUCAACUUCCAGGAGAUUUGGAGCUUUGACGACAUUCUGGAUGUUAACAACCUUGUCACCAACGACAUCUACCAGGUGCUACAAACAUAUGGCGUUGAGGCAGCACGGGCCAGUAUUUCGAAACAGAUCACGGACGUGUUUGGCGUAUACGGCAUCAGUGUCGAUCCGCGUCACCUGAGCUUGUUGGCCGACUAUAUGACGACACAGGGCGGAUACAUGCCGUUGAACCGAAUGGGUAUGAACUACAAGGGUUCGUCUCUGCAGCAGAUCACGUUCGAGACGUCUAUGAAGUUCCUGUCGCAGGCCGCCUUAGGUGGUCUAGUGGACAAGCUAGAGAGUCCGUCUGCUCGUCUAGUGCUUGGCCAGCCGCCGCGGGUGGGCACAGGCAGCUUUUCGCUUUUGCAGCCGGUUGCAAUAUAG